AUGUUCCAGGCAUCUUUUAGCGCCACAGCUUCGUCGUUACGUCGGGCUACUGUACUUGUGGGCAUCAUACCAAGACCCACAUCUCGUCUUCAGCAAAUUCAACAACACGUAACGAGCAAGUUUCAUUCGAGCGCGCCUUUCGCCAUGCCUCCUGUUACACCUCCAACGUCAGAGCACUAUGAUCUCUUGGUGAUCGGUGGCGGAUCCGGCGGUAUGGGAGCAAGUCGCCGCGCCGCUAGUUACGGCAAGAAAGUCGCUGUGAUUGAGGAAGCCGGCAAGCUCGGCGGCACUUGUGUGAACGUGGGCUGCGUCCCCAAGAAACUCAUGUGGCACGCUUCAGACAUCCAAGACAAACUCAAGGAGGCCCACGAGUACGGCUUCACAGACGCUGGUCGCUCCUUCUCUGUGCCCAGCGUCGACUGGCAUACGCUGGCUGAAAAGCGCGAUGCAUACAUCCGACGUCUAAAUGGCAUUUACGACAACAACCUUCAGAAGGAUCACGUCGCUUACAUCUCAGGUCACGGCCGUCUCUUGGGCGACGGUCGCGUUCAAGUGACGCCAGGUGUUGAUGGUGCGUUGAAGAAAGAAGUCACGCUUUCUGCCGACCAUAUCGUCGUGGCUACGGGCGGCCGUCCUUCGAUCCCGAGCGAUGACGACAUUCCCGGCGCGAGCCUUGGUACCGAUUCAGACGGCUUCUUUGCAUGGCGCGAGCAGCCCAAGCGUGUGGCUGUAGUCGGUGCUGGCUACAUCGCCGUCGAAUUGGCCGGUGUGCUCCAUUCACUCAACUCAGAGACGCACCUCCUGAUCCGCCACGACUCGUUCUUGCGCAACUUUGACCCCAUCAUCUCCGACACACUCAUGCAGUACAUGGGCAACACCGGCCUGCAUGUACACAAAAGCACCAAUGUGAAGCGCGUAGAGGGCGAGCGUGGUGGUCCACUCACCCUGCAUCUCGACACGGGCGACACGCUGGAGGUGGAUGCGCUGGUUUGGGCUAUCGGUCGAUACCCCAACACCAACAAUCUCGGACUGAAGGAGGCCGGUGUUGAGACAGACAAGGGUGGAAACAUUGUGGUGGACAAGUACCAAAACACCUCGGCGAAGGGUGUAUACGCUGUGGGAGACAUUCAAGGCAAGGCCCUUCUCACGCCUGUGGCUAUCGCUGCCGGUCGCCGCUUGUCGAACCGCCUGUUCGGUGGACCCAAGUUCCAUGAUGAUCACCUCGACUACGACAACAUCCCCACUGCCAUCUUCAGUCAUCCGGCUGCAGGAACGGUUGGCCUCUCCGAGCCUGAAGCGCGUCAGAAAUACGAAGGCCAAAAGAUCACGAUUUACCGCACCCGCUUCACGCCCAUGUACUAUGGUCUGCUCUCCAAGAAGGGACCUGCCGCAUACAAGAUUGUUUGUGUGGGCGAGGAAGAAAAGGUCGUCGGUGUGCACAUGGUCGGUAUGGGUUCAGAUGAAUCGAUCCAAACCGUGGGCAUUGCCGUCAAGAUGGGUGCCACCAAGCGGGACUUUGACAACACCGUGGCUGUGCACCCAACGAGUGCAGAAGAACUCGUCACAACCUAUGUCCCUGUACAAGAUUAA